UAUCACUGCCCACUGGCUCUGUGUCGUGUAUUGAAUAUAUGUGCGUCAGCGCGGCUGUUUGCGUUCAACUGCAAUAUAUAUAUAUAUAUAUAUAAAAGUCGUGAUAGAGGUUGGCGGUGUCGAACCUACCGAGCAUUUACAUAUUUAGCUUCUCUUUGCAAGCAGUAAGUACAUAUACAUCACACGACAUGCUGGAAAGCGUGAAGCACGUGUUUUUGGUACUCUCCGGUAAAGGCGGAGUUGGCAAAUCUACUGUCAGCUCGCAAUUAGCCCUCGCCCUCAAAGAGUCUGGUUUUAGAGUAGGAAUUCUGGAUAUUGAUUUAUGUGGGCCUAGCAUUCCAUAUUUGUUAAAUCUGGAAGACAAAGAUGUCCACCAAUCAGAUGAUGGAUGGGUACCAGUUUUUGCAGACAACGAGCAGAAAUUGGCUGUCAUGUCAAUAGGCUUUUUAUUAAAGAAUAGAGGAGAUAGUGUAGUAUGGCGAGGUCCUAAAAAGACAAGUAUGAUUAAACAAUUUUUAACAGAUGUGGCAUGGCAAGACAUCGACUACCUAAUAAUCGAUACUCCACCAGGCACUUCAGACGAACACAUAACAGUUAUGGAAAAUUUACGAAAUGUUAAAUGUGAUGGUGCAAUCAUUGUCACUACACCACAGGCAGUGGCAAUUGACGAUGUUAUGAGAGAAAUUACAUUCUGUCGAAAAACCGGAAUUCCUAUUGUUGGCAUUGUUGAAAAUAUGAGUGGUUUUGUUUGUCCCACAUGUACAGAGUGUACAAACAUAUUCUCAUCCAAUGGUGGUAUUUCUCUUGCAGAAAUGGCAAAAGUUCCUUUCCUAACUAAAAUACCAAUUGAUCCAACAAUUGGAAAAUUAGCAGACAAAGGUCAGAGUGUUUUAAAAAUGUUCCCAGAUAGUCAAGUAGCACAGGUUUUUCGAAAAUUAGUAGAGGAAUUGACUAAAAGUAAAGAAGCAUAACAAAGUUGUAGACUUUCAUACUAAAGUUUAUUUUACAUAAGCGCGAUUUUUUACACACUUGUACUAUACGAAUAUUUCUUGUAUACAAAAAUAUGAAAUAGAAUAUAUUAUUGUUGUUUUGUGAACAAACAAAUUAUGUUAAAAAAAUAUUAGAGGUGUAUUUAUUACAAUGAAAUUCAUUGAAAAUAUAUAUUUUCAUAUCUGCAUUAGCAUUAUUUAUAUAAUAUAAAAUGCACUGUUUUAUUGUAAAUAUUUGCUAAAAAUUUGCUAUUCACGAUUACUCGGAUUAUUCAUAUUAAUUAUUUAUUGUAGUACCCGUUUUUCUAAAACAAUACAGCUAUAGUUUAGCUAGCUGCAAAACUAAUAAAAACAAUAUUUUUGUCUA